UGCGGCGGGUCAACGGCAAUCGGCGACGCAGGUUCCGAGCGCCUCCGCCGGCUCGCAGUCGCAGCUCCCACCGGCCGACAGCUUCGCCUCGAGAUCGUUCCCGGUCUCUCUCGUCGUCGUCCCCUUCCUUCGCCUUCCGCACGUCUCCAAGCGGGCCACAUGCCCAAAUACUCUACCUUAUCCGUUCGUCUCCUUUCGACCUUUCCGACAUGGCGCUGACGAGGCUGAUGUCCCCGCGGCCGCCGUGCUCGCUCCCGCUUCCUUCUCCGUCGUAUAAGAACAUCUCUGGCUGCUGCUGCCACCGCGGCCGCCGACUCCUCGUCCGCAGAGCAAUGCCGGUAGCCUCCCAGCACCUUAGCACCGCCACGCCCCUGCCCCCGCCCUCGCCGCAGCGGCAGCAGAUGAUGGCGCGGCUCGAGCAUGGGUCUUUGAUGGUCGGCGGGCGGGAGCUGCUCGCCCGCGCCCCGCCCAACGUCACCCUCCGCCCCGCUGACGCCGAGGCCGCCCCGGGCGCCGCGUUCCUCGGCGCCAGGGCGGCGGCGCCGUCCAGCCGCCACGUGUUCCCCGUCGGCACCCUGGCAAGUGGGUGGAGGUGGUUGUCCCUGUUCAGGUUCAAGAUCUGGUGGAUGGUCCCGGCCACGGGCGCCGGCGCCGCGACCGUGCCGGCGGAGACGCAGAUGAUGCUCUUAGAGUCCAGGGAUGAGGAGGGUUCCGCCGCCGCGGAGGGGGGCGCGGUGUACGCACUGAUGCUGCCGGCUCUUGACGGCGAUUUCAGGGUCAGCCUUCAGGGGAGCCCCGAGAACGAGCUCCAGUUCUGCUUGGAGAGCGGUGAUCCUGAGGUCCAGACGAUGGAAGCAGUUGAUGCAGUAUUCAUCAACUCAGGGGAUAAUCCAUUCAAGCUAAUGAAGGAAUCCAUCAAGCUGCUAUCAAAGAUCAAAGGAAACUUCAAGCAUAUUGGGGACAAGGAGAUCCCUGCAAAUUUGGACUGGUUUGGGUGGUGCACCUGGGAUGCAUUUUACAAGGCUGUUAACCCAGCAGGGAUCGAGGAGGGCCUUAAGAGUCUGCGAGAAGGUGGUGUGCCACCGAGGUUUCUGAUUAUAGAUGAUGGUUGGCAAGAAACAGUUGAUGAAUUCGAGGAAGUGGAUGAAACCCUCCGUGAGCAGACCAUGUUUGCGCAGAGGCUGACUGAUCUGAAGGAGAAUCACAAGUUCAGGGGAGAGACCUGCAAGAAUCUUGGGGACCUUGUCAAGAGGAUCAAAGAAAAACAUGGAGUCAAGUACGUUUACAUGUGGCAUGCUUUACUUGGGUAUUGGGGAGGUGUCCAAGUAACAUCUGAUGUGAUGAAGAAGUACAAUCCAAAGCUUGUUUACCCAGUCCAAUCACCGGGUAAUGUUGCCAAUCUGAGGGAUAUUGCCAUGGACAGCUUGGAGAAAUUUGGAGUGGGCAUCAUUGAUCCUGACAAGAUUUUUGAGUUCUACAGUGAUCAGCACAGCUACCUUUCUAGUGUGGGUGUGGAUGGUGUGAAGGUUGAUGUGCAGAACGUGUUGGAAACUCUUGGGCAUGGCUUUGGUGGCCGUGUUGCAGUAACACAAAAGUAUCAGCAAGCUCUUGAGGAGUCCAUUGCCCAGAACUUCAAAAGAAACAACCUAAUCUGCUGCAUGAGUCACAAUUCAGACUGCAUCUUUAGUGCCUUGAAGAGUGCAGUUGCUAGAGCCUCUGAAGAUUUCAUGCCUCGGGAACCAACACUGCAAACUCUGCACAUUGCUUCUGUGUCAUUCAAUAGCAUCUUGUUGGGAGAAAUCUUCAUACCUGACUGGGAUAUGUUCCAUAGCAAGCAUGAAUCAGCAGAAUUUCAUGGAGCAGCUAGAGCACUGAGUGGAGGUGGUGUGUAUGUGAGUGACAAACCCGGGGUGCAUGACUUCAGUGUUCUCAAAAAGCUUGUUCUACCAGAUGGCUCGAUUCUAAGAGCAAGGUAUGCUGGUCGUCCUGCACGUGAUUGUCUGUUCAAUGACCCAGUGAUGGAUGGCAAAAGUCUGCUGAAAAUAUGGAACCUGAAUAAUUUUUCUGGUGUCAUCGGAGUGUUCAAUUGUCAGGGAGCCGGGCAAUGGGUUUGGCCAGUGAAAGAUAUUGAUUAUGUGCCCACCAGUAUCAACAUCACUGGUCAUCUCUCACCUUCAGAUUUAGAAUCUCUCGAGGAGAUAGCCGGUGAUAAUUGGAGUGGAGAGACUGCAGUAUAUGCUUUCAAUUCAUGUUCUCUUUCAAGGCUUCAGAAGCACCAAAAUUUGGAGGUUUCACUGUCUACCAUGGCAUGUGAGAUCUACACUAUUUCACCGAUAAAGGUUUUCGGUGAAGCCGUUCAGUUUGCGCCUCUCGGACUGAUCAACAUGUUCAACUCCGGUGGUGCACUCGAUGACAUCUCGAGCACCGCUGAUUCCUCAGCUACCACAAUUCACGUCAGGUGCCGAGGUCCAGGGCGGUUUGGGGCGUAUUCAGCCACCAGGCCGGAGAAUUGCAGGGUUGAUGGACAGCAAGUGGAGUUCUGUCAUACAGAGGAUGACCUGCUAGCCUUUGACCUUCCUCGCAGUUCAUCCCGCGACGGCGACCUGUGGUGCAUUGAGAUUCUCUACAGAACUUCCUGAAUCUGUUUACCCUUCCGACAUGCAAUUUUUGUGCCGUGCUCUUCGGUAACCGCCGCCGCACGUGCACAUUGAGAUGAUGUUUUCAGAGAAACCAAUGUUCUGUUGGUUCUGAUUGUGCUCCAUUUUGUUCGCCGUGUUGUAUAUAUAUUUUUAUUCACAAAAGGGAUUGUUGUGUUGUAUUUUUGUACUGUAAUUUGGUAUUGUGCCUCGUGCAUCUUGUGCUACCACUAUCGUAAUCUACUACUUGACACGGUAUAUAACAUAAAAGAGAGCAGUUUAACAUGGUCC